AUGUGGAUUGUUGUCUCGCAAGGCUUGAGCUCGGGUAAAGUGAUAGAUGAUAUUGGUGAGAAGUUAGGCUUAUGCGGAGAGGAAUGGCACCGGAGAAACGAACGAGAGAACUCAGUCCAGAUAUACAAUCUAUUGAAGACGAGAAGAUUUGUUCUCCUUCUCGAUGACCUUUGGAAAAAGGUGAAUCUCUCGGAGAUUGGAGUUCCUCACCCUAGUAGAGAAAACGGAUGCAAGAUAGCCUUCACAACCCGAUCCUUGGAUGUUUGUGGGCAAAUGGGAGUGGACAGAAAACUAGUUGAAGCACAGAGGCUGAAUUGGAAUUGGGGAUAUUAG